AUGUCCACCAACAAUUUAUUUAAAGCAACAGUCUUAGAGUAUUUAGAAGGCUUAUCGCAAAAUGUUCAAUCAAGAUUAUACGAAUCACCGGCAGCAUGUUUGGCAAUAUAUAGAAUUCUACCUCAACUCGCAAAAUUUUUAAUUAUGUCAAUGGUGUUUAAUCACGAAGACGUAUUGCUUCGGGAUCUAAAUAAAUGGGUUAAAGAACAAGGUCAAUUUGAAUUUGAUGAGGCUAUAAAAACAAUGAGUUCCUUGCAUAUAUUAAAAGAAAUUUCUAAAAAUCCUGUUCAAGUCAAUUUGAAUCCAAUUUUUAAAAAUAGUUUUAGAAAUUCAUUAACUGGGGGUGAAGUACAUGAUUCCUUCGGGAUUCCUGUGGAUGAUGAUGGUACUAUAACAACUGAAAGUUUGGAUAAAUAUGCAGCUGACAAAUGGGAAACAAUUUUGCAUUUUAUGGUUGGUACUCCUGGAAUGAAAUCUCCUAGCGAAACAGUUUUGAGCUUAUUAUUGCAUAGUGGAUUAAUGUUGGAAGAAGAAAGUGAUUAUGAACUAAAAAUCACUAAUGAAGGUUUCCAAUUUUUAUUACAAGAAAUCAAUGUUCAAAUUUGGUCUUUAUUACUACAGUACUUGAAAAUGGCCGAGAGUAUUCAGAUGGACCCGGUAGAAGUUUUAAAUUUUAUUUUCAUGUUGGGCUCUUUGGAAUUGGGACAAAGUUAUAGCGUUAAAGGUUUAACAGAAACACAGAAAAAAUUAUUAAAAGAUAUGACUGACUAUGGACUAAUUUAUCAAACCACAUUUAAUUCGCUAAAGUUUUACCCAACAAGAUUAGCUAUAAUUUUAACUAGUGAUAGUAUGACGAUUAGAUCUGCCUCAAUGGCAAUGAAUAGCGUUCUAAAAAAAGCUGCAAAUUACAUCAAUUAUAACGAUACUGCGUAUAAUAAAAAUAAUACUGCAAAUACUGAUGCGGAUGCCACCAAUAACCUAGACAAGGAAGAUGCCGAUGCAGAAAAUAAUAAUGGUGAGGAAGUGGAUGGCAAUGGCUCUAUUGUUGAGGGCGCAUUGAUUAUAGAAACUAAUUUCAAAUUGUACUCGUAUUCUAAUUCACCUUUACAAAUUGCUAUUUUAGGGUUAUUUGUGCACUUGAAAACAAGAUUUGCUAAUAUGGUUGCAGGACAGGUUACUAGAGAGUCUAUUAGAAGAGCCUUGAGAAAUGGUAUUACCGCCGAACAAAUUAUUGCUUAUUUGGAAACACAUGCACAUCCCCAAAUGGUUCGUUUAGCAGAAAACAAUUUGGAAAAAAAACUUGCGCUAGAUGCAAAUUGUAACGAAACGUUAGAAAUUUUACCUCCAACGGUAGUAGAUCAAAUAAAAUUAUGGCAAUUGGAAUUGGAUAGAAUAACUAAUUAUGACGGUUAUUUAUAUUCCACUUUUGAUACUACUGAAGAAUAUCAACAGCUGGUCACUUAUGCGAACGAUAUAGGAGUUUUAAUCUGGAAAAGUGAUAGGAAGAAAGUCUUUUUUAUAGAGAAUGAGGGCAAUUCUCAAGUUGUUGAAUAUGCCAAAAGACUAUUGAGUAGAAAAGAUUCUAUAUAA